AUGUCUAGAGACGCUGAGAAAGAGCUCCAAGGUGCUUCCGCAGAGGCUCACUUGAAGACAAAUGAGAACUACAACAACGACAGCUCCACGCAGGUGUCGUUGAGCCAGUCCUCCAACAAGGAGGAGGAGAAGCUCCAUCACACCCACAGAUCGCUUGAACAAAGACACAUCAACCUUAUUGCCAUUGGUGGGUCGAUUGGUACCGGUCUUUUCAUCACGAUUGGUUCGUCUGGUUUGGUGCAGUCGGGACCCUUGGGUCUUCUCUUGGCCUAUUGUUUCUGGACGUUUGUGAUUUUGUGUUUGACGGUGUCUGUCGGUGAAAUGGUGUGUUAUUUGCCCUUGGACUCGCCCUUCUUGACCAUGGCGGGCCGUGUGGUGGACCCAGCGUACGAGUGUGCAGCGUCGGUGAAUUUCUGGUUGAUGCAGAGUUUGUAUAUCCCGUUUGAAAUUACUGCUGUCAACGGAAUGAUUCAUUUUUGGAGAGACGACUACAGUCCUGCCAUCACGUUGGUGAUUCAGAUUGUCAUUUAUUGUGCCAUCAACAUUUUCGCAGUCAAGCUUUACGGUGAGGCCGAGUUCUGGUUGUCCUUGGCCAAAUUGAUUUUGUGUAUUGGUCUUUUGUUUUUCACCCUCAUCACCAUGUGCGGUGGUAAUCCAGAGAAAGAUGCUUUUGGCUUCAGAAAUUGGCAUGCCGCCGGUGGUCCCAUUGCUGAGUACAUUGGCACCGGCCCUCUUGCUCGUCUCAGAGGUUUCUUGCAAGGUAUCAUUUCUGCCAACUUCGUUGUUGUUUCUUCUGAGUACCUCAGUAUGACUGCUGGUGAAGCUAAGAACCCAAGAAGGAAUAUGGCAUCCGCUUUCAAGACAGUGUUAUACCGUUUGGUGAUUUUCUUCAUUGGUGGUGCGCUCUCGGUGACCAUCUUACUUGCUUACAACGACCCCAAAUAUUUGAGUAUUGUUCAGGGUGACAAUGCCAACGCUGCUUCUUCUCCUUACGUGGUUGCCAUGCAAAACUUGAAGAUUCAGGUGCUUCCUCACAUUGUCAAUGCUGUGAUUUUGUCGUCUGCUUUCUCUGCUGGUAACUCGUAUACCUACUGUUCUUCCAGAGCCCUCUAUGCUCUUUCCAAGAAGGGCUACGUGCCAAAGUUCUUUAGGUAUUGUACAAAGAGUGGUGUGCCAAUCUACUGUGUUGCCGUGUCGGCCUGUUUCUCUCUCUUGUCUUUGAUGCAGUUGGGUAAAUCGGGAGAGAAUGCCUUGAACUACAUGGUGAACUUGUGUACUGGUGCUCAGUUGCUUAACUAUGGAUUCAUGAGCAUCACGUACUUGCACUUCUACAGAGCGGUGAAGGUCCAGGGUAUUGACAGGAAUAAUUUCACUUAUAGAUCGUGGUACCAGCCGUACACUGCGAUUUUCGCUUGCGUCUUUUUGUGGAUUAUCAUCAUCAUCAAGGGUUACGAAGUCUUUAUCCCAGGCCACUGGGCCGUGGACAACUUCUUGUUCAGUUAUGUCAUGAUUUUCGUUGCCAUUGCUGUUUACAUUGCGUACAAAGUUCUCAAAAGACCAAAGUACAUCAAGCCUGAGGACGCUGACCUCCAAACUGGUCUCGAAGCUAUUGAGGAACACGAAUAUGAAUUCUACGCUGCCUUGGAGGCCAGUAAUGAGGAGGCGAAGAGUCUUAGAAAGAGAAUUAUGGAUUGGGUUUUCUAA